AUGGUAAUCAAAAAAAGGGCGUUGUUUUACCUUAGCAAUCAUUCUGACAAUAUAUGCAGUGUAAAAUUUUACGAUGAAAAUAAUCUUAUAUCUAGCUGCAGCUGUGGUAUUGUUACCUUAUGGGAUUUAAACGAUAAAAAAAGUGUGGGAAAUUAUAAGGUAUCUGAUUAUAGCGCAUUAUACUCAAACACUUUUGAUAAGGAACAUUUUUAUGUUAAAACAAAAGAAGGGUCAGUAAAACUGUGGAAUGUAAAGUACAACAAAUGUAUUUUAAAGAUCAAUGCGAAUAACUUUACUUACGCAAAACCGUAUUCUGUACACAAUGCACUUGUAACACCGAUAAAUCAAAAUGGGGACAUAGCAAUAUACGAUAUAAAUGUUAAACAAAAUUGUGUUUUAGCUUGUAACGGUAUGGACCAAUAUAGGGGUGAUGACAACUGCUGUAAGGACGUACCUCUCUCAGGAAGAAGCAGCAAUUCAGGUAUUAGUAACGAAGGAAAAUGUGAAAAUAUGAAGUCUGAGAUUUAUAAUAAUAGGAUUAUUUACAAUACUACAUGCAACAAUUUUUACAGCAGUAAAUGCAAGGAACUAAUUAUACCAUUUAAAGAGAUAAAGAAAAAGAUGGACAAUAUAGAAAUAAUAUGUAACCUUGAAAACAAAAAUGAGUGUAAAAAGAUGCUGAGCAAUAAUUUAAAAUUGUGUAAGGAUAUAAUAGAUAUAUAUCCGCUACCAUAUUUUGGGGAUACCUUCAUAAUAGCUUGUUAUGAACCUUCCCUAUUUUGUAUUUAUGAUUACAGAAUGACUAAUAAUUUUAUUUCAAGUUUUAUUAUAGAUAUAAAGGAAAAUGUUCUAAGUUAUCAUGUUAACAAUAAUAACUGUUUAAUUAGUACGAAUAAUAAUGUAAUGUAUUACUUAACAUUUGAUAAGAAUCAAAAGGUACAGUUGAAAAAAGUAGCCCCAAGUUAUCAUAGUGCGAAUAAUAUAGUAAUUAGACCUGAUGAUAAAAUAUUUAUUUCUAUUACGAAUAAUACUACUAUUAAUGUUUGUAACUUAUAUGAUAUUAACAUAAUAGAUCAAAUUGUAUCAUAUAAAUUUAAUUAUUUCAAUUUCCUCGAUUUUCAUACUUUUUCUGGCUUCUUUGCCGCAGCUGAGAAAAACAAAAUAUCUCUUUGGACUAACCAGGCUUCUAAUUUCAGUCCUAUUCAAAAAUGA